AUGGAGGCUAUUCGUGUUCUGAAGGAAAAUGCACUGCGGCUGGUUUCGGCUGGGCAACCCAUUAGCGCGCUUCAUUUGGUCGAAGUUCUCUGCGAGCUGCAGCCGAACAGCGACGAAAACCGUUCCUUGAAAAUUCGAUGUCUUUACGAGGUGCGUGAGUUUGACAGCGUGUUAAAGCUAGCCAAGCAGGUGACUUUUGCGUGCGAUCAAAACAACGAGGUAUUUUUGCUGGCUGUGAAGGCUGCAUUCGAGCUUGGGGAUCUCAAGACAUGCGUUCAGUACGCAAUGACUCUCAUCAACGCUGAUUCAUCGAAGGUGGUUGCGAUGUGCUUUGUAGCCAAAGCUGCAGAGCUCUCCGGCGAUCCCGCAAAAGCUGUGCGUUUUUACAAAAUGGCUCUGGAGGCUGACCCAUUUUGCGGAGAAGCAUUCAGCGCACUGACAGAGCGUCAUCUUCUAGAUCGCUGGGAGAUACUGAAGCUUAUAGAUUCACUUUGCAUACCAGCCGAGGUUGAAGUCUAUCGAAGCACUCUGAAAGCACGUAUCGGCUCUGAUUAUCUUACACCUGGUAUCAGGGGUGUGCCUCGGACGCUGGUGCUGCUUGCCGGAGCGAAAAAAGAAUAUGAGAGCAACAAUUUGCGCCAAGCACUCUCGUUGACGACGGAAAUUCUGGAGGUGGAACCGUAUCACCGCCAGACAUUGUGUCUGCAUCUGUGCAUACUUGUGGAUUCAAAAGCAACACCACUGCUUUUCGAAAAGGCACACUUUCUUUCCAAGAACAAGUGUUACACGGAGCUGGCGGUGUACGCAAUCGGGUGCUUCUAUUACUCACUAUCGAACUACGAGCGAGCGGGGCGGUACUUUAGCCGGGCAAGUGAGCUAGAUUGCUAUUUCGCUGAAGCGUGGAUUGCAUAUGGUCACUGCUACGCAAAGCUGGAGGAGGGUGAGCAAGCUCUGAAUGUCUAUCGCCGCGCAAUGAACUUUUUUCCUGGACUCAACGCGUGCUGUACGUACGUUGGUAUGCAGUACAGUAGGGUUAACCAGCGCUCCGUUGCGCGGUGCUUUUUUGAGGAGUCACUACGAAAAAACUCCAUGGAUCCCCUUGUGCUGAACGAGCUGGGGGUUCUGGCACUCGCAGAGGAUAAUCCUAAACAAGCGCUUGAGCUAUUUCAAAAAGCGUACGACAGUCUUCCGAAUCGCGAGAAUCCAUCUGAACACAGCGAUUGCAUCCUGUUUAAUCUGGCCACCAUGUACCGCAAGCUGCGCCGCUACGAGGCUGCCAUUGAUUACUACAAUCAAUACGUCAGAAGCCGACCAAAUGCCAACCACGGUCACUGCGCUCUUGGCUUCACGUAUCAUCUCUCAGGAAACAUCAAGGCUGCUAUCAGCUGCUAUCACACAGCAGAGAGCAUCAAACCAGACUCGUUUUGCCGAGAUCUGCUGCGGAGAGCACUCGAACUUGACUUUGGAGCUCGUGGAAGGCUCUCGUGGGAUUCUGAGAGGCCGCAUCUAUCUUUCUCACCCGGAGAAGUUUCUUUUUCGACAGUUUCGCGAAGGUUUCGCUCUGAGUCGACCGCUGCAGACAGCGUAGCCGCCUCUCCACCACCUAGAGUCGGUCGCAGUUUAGAUUUUCAGCAUCAAUGA